UUUGAAGGGGAGCGAAGAAGCAGGCUUGGACUGGAUUCUGCUGAGCAGGACAUGCAGACAGACUUGGUACUAAUGAACGUAGGAACAGCAGAUGCAGAUCAGAGGCAGGUGUGCAUGUCUUAGCUGAGGGACCUAUGCAGGCUGUGGAGGAAAAUGCUGAGAGUUUAGUUUCUGCACUAGUUGAGGCUCCUGUCAAUCACUCCGGGUCCACUGUAUACAGAAGGAAAAUACAUGUGUUGUAUUUGAAAAGUCCAUAAGAUAAAGGCGCAAUUAAAAGGAAGACACACGGAAAUCAUGGAUGGACUAGAUGAUGUUACAGUAUCAGUUCUAAAUGCUGCCAACAUAGAUGAGGUUUUAAUCCACACCCUCAGUCGUGAUGAUUUAAGAGAUCUUUUUCCUGGUCCAGAAAACUUUCUCAGGAGGAAACAGCUGUGGGCUUAUCUUCACAAAGAGGCAAGUUUUUGCUGCCUUUGAUCUAAAAACGUGUAGUGCAGUUUUGUUUGUAACACCUACAAUAUUUAUGUUUUGAAUUAUUUUCUUAGGAGGACUAUUCCACCUUACCAGACAAAGCUGGCCCUGGUGAAGCAGGAACUAGGUCUUCACCUAAAGGAACACCUCCAUCUCCCCAGACAUCCACUCCUUUGGUAAAGAAAACCCCAGAGAAGACUCUACAGCUUCCCAGUCCUCCUGAAUAUGUUAUCUAUACAGAUGGUGAGCUGGAACUAGCUCGGAAACACUAUUUUGAGAUGGCCUGCACUGGUAGAGAGGGAGAAGCUGCCAUGUCCAAAGAGCUGAGAUGCAGGCUGGUGAGAAACACUGUCACCAGCAUGAUUUCAAUCUUGAGAGCAAGUCGACAAGGAGAGGAGUUACGAUACCCGUCCAAGUACGAUGUUACUGCCAUGGCUAAGAAACUAGUGGAGUAUUAUCCCAUGCUACAGGAUAACAACUUACCUGCCAAAUAUACGAGCAUGUACAGUUAUCUUCAGAAGAGGAUCCUGAAUAUUAAGUCCCCUCGAAAGAGGCAGGGUCCCACACCAGAGAGGGGCCGUUCAAAAAAAAGGCACCACAUUGAGUUCUCACCAAGUGACCAGGGAGAAGAUGAUGAUGCAGAUUCAAGUGGCGGAUCAACGAUUCUUUUGCCACCAGUGAGCAGUUCUGAUGGCGACAGUUCAGUCAACAUGGAUAGUCUAGCAACACAGGCCAGGCAUUACAAGACUCUGCAGGACCUGUAUAUGAAGCCAAAACCCAACCGAGAUGCUGUUUGCCAAAUUCUUGACCUUGAGUUUCAAUCAAGAAGAGCCUUCAUUGACAGCAAUGUUCUGAAAGAAGAAGAUAGGCCAACAAAGAUUCUAGAGGCAUAUCCAUGUUUCAAGGAGCUUCACAAUGUGAUGGAUGAGCUACGGCGGAUCCUGGAUAAGAACAACAACAAAUUCAUAACUGAAGUAAAGGCAAGAUGGGAGGACUUCUGCUCCAUGGUUCAGUUUUAUGGUCUUUGGAAGAAGGUGUUAAAGCCACCGAUGAACCAAAAUAGAGUGGAAUGCAACAUCGCCCUGUUUAGGGCACUCCCCACACUCUUCCCCUCACCAACUGCGCCACCCAAGAAGCUGGGACAUGCCAGUGAGGCAUUGCUUCAUGUCCUUCAGCCAACAGAAGAUCCAGCCAUCUACCUUCAGAGGAGAUCUCUCUUCAGCCCUGUUUUGCUCUUUGAUGGGUCCCACUGUAUUAUGGCAAUUGGAACCACACCCAUCACCACAUUUGCUGAAGAAGACCUCCAUCAAGGUUUGCUGUAUGUGAUGGCAUACUACUACACCUUGCAUCUCACAUAUCCAAAGUGUGUGGCAACCCUGCUGUCUGUCAUUCAGACUGAAGUGUUAAAGGACAGUAUCCAUGAGCGAGACACCACAGGCUCAUACAAAAAAGCCAUGGCAGAGUGGAAGGCUUUUAUUCAGGAGUAGAGUUGUACAGGUACACGACUUUCAUGUCUGUGUUGGAAAGUUUUAACCUAACAUAAGAGCUGUAAAAAGACAUUUAAAUUCUUCAUUUUUGUUUAUCUAAUACAAACACAUCUUCUGUUCUUCAAAUGUUCUGCUUUAUAAUGUGAGUUUCAGUAGCUUUAAAUGUUGAUUAGAGUUAAUUAAUUUUACCAGUUUUUAGUUGUAAUUGAAAGUUACUAUUAGUUCAAUGACACCAUGUAUAAUGUAUAGCAUUACUUGCAUUACAACCUCAACAUUACCAUUUCUGUGUGGGUUUGUUUUGCACAUUCAUGUGUGCAAUGCUGUAUACUAUUGUUGCUAUUUGGAGAAGCAAUUUAA